AUGGCGGCGGUGUCGCUCCUCGUUAGCGCGCUGCUUCUGCUGUCGCCGGCCGCGGCGGAGCUGCAGCGGGUGCAGCACGCGCCCAAGGAUGAUGGGUCGCUCACCGUGCUAGCCGUCGGCGACUGGGGGAGGGGCGGGCAGUUUAACCAGACUCUUGUGGCCGAGCAGAUGGGAGUAGUCGGGGAGAAGCUGAGCGCUGAUUUCAUCAUCUCCACCGGCGACAACUUCUACAACGACGGCCUCUCGGGUGACAACGACACGGCUUUCUUCAAAGCGUCCUUCACCGACAUCUACACCGCCGACAGCCUCCAGAAGCCAUGGUACAUCGUGCUUGGCAACCAUGACUACACCGGCGACGCUCUGGCGCAGCAAAGCGCCGCCAUCCGGGAAGUCGACAGCCGGUGGACCUCCGUUAAUAAGUCCUUCAUCGUCGAAGCAGAUAUGGUGGACUUCUUCCUGGUGGACACUUCGCCCUUCGUGCUCAAGUACUGGAACGAGAGCAAGUUCGACUGGAGGAACGUUGCUCCUCGUGACACCUACAUCGCCAACCUCCUCAACGACCUGGAGGACGCCCUGACGGGGUCCAAAGCGACAUGGAAGAUCGUGGUCGGCCACCACCCCAUCAGCAGCGGCUGCGAGCACGGCAACACCACGGAGCUCCGUGAGCACCUCCUCCCAGUCCUCAAGACCCAUGGAGUGGACAUGUACCUGAACGGCCACGACCACUGUCUACAGCGUAUCAGCAGCGUAGACAGCCCCGUGGAGUUCGUGACCAGCGGCGGAGGAUCUAAAGCGUGGGCGGGUAAGUUCAAGCCGACCUCCGACAAGAUGGAGUUCCUCUACGACGGGCAGGGGUUCCUGUCCAUGCAUCUCACCGCGGCGGAGGCCAACUUUGUCUUUUAUGACGUUGCCGGGACAGUCCUGCACACCUGGGGUCUCACCAAGUCGGCCGCCGCCAUCAUCGUGAGCUGA